AUGGCCUGCGAUGCCAACUCACCAGCUGUGCUGGAUGAGAUCGGCCUCAGCACCCUGCAGGCCAUGUGGGAUUUCUGCCGACACCUGGAUGCCAUCCUGCAGAUGUAUGAGGAAGCCUGGAACAAGCAGAAGGAGGUGGAGGAGUAUGGUGUGCUGGUCUUCAUGGCAGCUGUGCAUACCAACGGCUUUGCGAAGGCCCAGCAGGUUGCCAUGACGCUGUACAACAAGUUCAAGAAGUCACACUACCUCCUUUGGGUCACCGCUGCCAUUCUGCUGCAGGUUCGGGCGGGGGCGCCCUCCAAGGCGCUGGGCCUGGCCGCUGUGAUGCUGACCAAGGCACCUGUGAACUUGGAGGCCUUGCAGGGCAAGGCCUUCAACAGAGGCAGGGAAGCGCCGCCCGCGUCGACCAACGGCGUCAGCAGCAGGGGGCGCUAG